AUGGGCUUCCGAGACUUGAUACCAAAAUCACUCGACAGUAAGACCGAAUGCAAAGAGCAGUUAAAGAAAAUUUUCAAGAAAUACGACAGCAAUCACGACAACUGUCUCAGCAAGGAAGAGCUAAAGCGAGCCUUUGAUGAACUUGGGGCAUUAUUCCCUGGUUUCAGGGCUCGCCGUGGCCUCUACCAUGCAGAUGCCAACAAUGAUGGACAAAUCGACAUGGGUGAGUUGGAUAACCUUCUCGACUACGCUUAUAAACAUGGGUUUACUGGCAAUUAA